GAGGAGGCUGCGGGGUGGGUAUCAGCAUUUCCAUGACACCCCUGACUGCAGACGGAUUUCUCUACAGAAAUACAGAGCAGACCCCGAACACACCAAGGCAGGGCCUCGCCCUUGCAGCUCUUUUCAGAGAACAGAAGGAAAUGCUCCAGGCUCAGGUACCCCUGACAUUUCACGAUGUGGCCGUGGACUUCACCUGGGAGGAGUGGCAGCUCCUGGACCCCGAGCAGAAGGACCUGUACAGGGACGUGAUGAUGGAGACCUACAGCCACCUGGUGUCAGUGGGGUAUCGAGCCAGCAAACCAGACGCGCUCUCCAAGCUGGAACGAGGGGAAGAAGCGUGGACAGUACAGCAUGGACGCCACUGUCCAGUCUCUCCAGAACUCAGGAAGGUGGAUGAUCUUCUGCAGCAUCACUUGCAAAUCCGAAACCUUCAGAAGAGGGUGGACCGAGGCUGUGAACACAGUAUGUUAGCAGAUGUCGUUAAUCAGAGUGAAGAUCAUUCUCUAUUCAAGCAAAAUUGCAAUGAUAUGUUUGAGAUAAGUGAAAAACCUUUAAAAUCAAAUGAAAAUUUUGAAAGCCAAAAUAGAAGCUCUAACUUAAAGAAUUCUGUGGAGUUGAAGGGAGAUGGACUAUGUAUUCGUCAUGCUGACCAUGAACAAUUUUACACUGAAAUCAUUUUGCCAGUCAGUACCAAACUCAUUAAUAAUCAAUCCUGGGUCAUUCAGCAACAGAACACUCACAAUGUAGAGAAAGCCCAUGGGUGCGUUGGAAGUGGGAAAGCCUUUAUGAAGAUGUCUCAGCUCACUGAUCAUCAGAGAGUUCAUACUAGACAGGAAUUUUAUGGGUGCAGUCUGUGUGGGAGAGCCUUUCUCAGAAAAUCCUGGCUUACUGAACAUCAGAAAAUACACACGGGACUCAAACAGUAUGAAUGUACUGAAUGUGACAAAACCUUCCUCAAGACAUCCCAGUUCAAUAGACAUCAGAAAAUGCACAUGAAAGAGAAACCUUAUACGUGUAGUGAAUGUGGAAAAGCGUUCAUCCAAAAGUCUCGGCUCAUUUAUCAUCAACGAACUCACACAGGAGAGAAGCCCUAUGGUUGCAGUCUGUGUGGAAAAACCUUCUCUACAAAGUUUAAUCUCUCUACACAUCAGAGAACUCACACAGGAGAAAAGCCUUUUUUAUGCAGUGAAUGUGGGAAAGGCUUCUCAUUGAAGCAUUGUCUAAUUGGACAUCAGCGAACGCAUUCUGGAGAGAAACCCUAUGUAUGUGUUGUGUGUGAAAAAGGCUUCACCGUGAAGCAUGAUCUCACUGUACAUCAGCGAAGUCAUACUUCAGAAAAACCAUAUACGUGCAAUGAAUGUGGAAAGGGCUUUAUUGUGAAGAGUCGUCUGAUUGUACAUCAGCGAAUGCACACGGGAGAGAAACCCUAUGUAUGCAGUGAAUGUGGAAAAGGCUUCCCAGUGAAAAUGCAAUUGAUUGUACAUCAACGAACUCAUACAGGAGAGAAACCUUAUGUAUGUAGUGUAUGCUGGAAAGGUUUCACAGCGAAGCAAAAUCUCAUUAGACAUCAGCUGAAACAUACAGGAGAGUAUCCCUGUGUAUGUAAUUUGUGUGGAAAAGGGUUCACCAUGAAGACUGACCUCACUUUACAUCAGCAAACUCAUACUUAAGAGAUUAUGUGCAAUGAAUGUAUGAAAGGCUUCAUUAUGAAAAGUACUAGAGGCCUGGUGCAGGAAUUUGUGCUCAGGUGGGGUCCCUCAGCAUGGUUGGUGAUCAGGGCCGAUCAGGGCUGCGGGAUGUUGGCUGUGGGAGCUCACUGACCACCAGGGCGCAGUCCUGAGUUGAGCAUCUACCCUCUGGUGGUCAGUGCACAUCAUAGCAACCGGUCGUUCAGUUACUUAGGCUUUUCUAUAUAUAGAUUCUAUGUGUACGUGAGCAAAACUCAUGCUACAGAGCAGCCCUCCACACACGUAAUAAUUGUGGCGAAGGCUUUAGGACAGCGGUUCUCAACCUGUGGGUUGCCAACCUGUGGUUCACGACCCCUUUGGGGGUCGAAUGACCCUUUCCCAGGAGUCGCCUAAGACCAUUGGAAAACACAUAUAUAAUUACAUAUUG